CGAAAAAUGGAAGAGAUUGGAGUGGUGCAGCUUCAAGAUGAACUACACAAGCUAUCGUGCAUUAAAUCGGAGGAAACACUGGAGCGCGUGCUGUGCACUCUCUGGAUCACUCGAAAAACUGGUCUUCGCCCCUCCGACAAGUCCGAUUUCCAGUCGCUCCUCCACCUCCCUUCCCCCUCGCAACUCGAACCCGUGUUGGCGUGUCUUCGUUCCCUCAUCAGGAAAUGCGCUUAUCAGAAUCUCACCGGCGAUGAACUUCUGAAGCUUUUUCCGCCGGAUCUGCCGCUCGAACUUCAAAGCAAUCUCGUUUUGUUGUUACAGAAGAACCGAGAUCGGUGGAAGGAGGAGAUAUCUCCGGAACGGGUUAGAACCAAUGUUCCUUCGGUUUUUCUACCUCCGUGGCCUCGCCAUGACGGUGACUCCGUUCCUUCACUCGAUCGCGCCGAUUUAGCAACGGCACCGCCGAUUCUUCCGGAUGUUACUGCGUCGGGGUUGCUUCCGUGCUUCCAAUGUGAUAAUAUUGCUGCUUCUGAUAACUUGGAAAACCUUCCUUGCCUCAAAUCAAUGACUUGGACCAUGGAGAAUCGUGGCUCAUCCCCUUCAGAUAGAGUGGCUGUAAUCAGCCUUAAGCUGCAUGAUUAUAGCAAGUCUCCAUUAGGCGAAACAGAGGUAAAGUUUCAGCUUACAAGGGAUACACUUGAGGCUAUGCUGAGAUCCAUGCAAUACAUCAGUGAGCAACUAAGUGCUGUUGGGACUUCUUCCGGGCCAGUAAACAAGAAACAAAAGCAGUAGCAAGUUUUCCUGUAAUUAAUGCCGUAGCUCCUAAGUCACGAUAGUUAGAAAUAUUAGGAUAAAUAUCUCAUCCUUUUAAAACAAGAAAAAUAAAAAGUUAGUUAGUAAAUGACCACACAUAUAUGCUGUAAUGGCAAUUUACCUUAAUAUAUAUUGGAUGCUAUAACUGAUUUCAAUCCAAGUAUUGAUGAUUCUUUUAUUAAUGCCAUUGAGGAAACAUUCUGGUAGUUGUAAAGAUUUGAAUUGGUGUGUUUAUGAUGCUCUUUUAACUAUUUGUUUCUUUUGUAACAAUAAAUUUACAAGAUCUUUUU